AUGAAUGAAAAGAAAAAGCAUUUUCUCAAUUGGCUGUACCAUUUUACAUUCUCUGGACGUCUGGGCCACGACCGUGUAUUCUGCACACUGCAGGCCUUCCUACAGCCCGAGUUUGAAUUGAACUUCACCUCAGAAGAGCUCACGGCAAAAAUGCAGGCCUGGGACAGGGGACAGCAGGCCACGUGGGAAUACGAGACGCUGUAUGGUGAACACAGCCUGCUAGUCCAGGAGGCCGAGUCUUGGAUUAGAAAGAUCACAAACAACGGGGGCUACAAGGCCAGGUGGACCCUAAAGGUCACGUGGGUCAAUGCCCACGCCUAUCCUGCCCAGUGGACCCUCGGGAGCAACACCUACCAAGCCAUCCUCUCCACGGACGGGAGCAGGUCCUAUGCCCUGUUUCUCUACCAGAGCGGUAGGAUGCAGUGGGAUGUGGCCCAGCACUCAGGCAACCUGGUGCUCAUAGGCUUCUCCAGUGGAGAUGGCUAUUUCGAAAACAGCCCACUGAUGUCCCAGCCAGUGUGGGAGAGGUAUCGCCCUGAUAGAUUCCUGAAUUCCAACUCAGGCCUCCGAGGACUGCAGUUCUACAGGCUACACCAGGAAGAAAGGCCCAACUACCAUCUCGAGUGCCUGCAGUGGCUGCAGAGCCAGCCUCGGUGGCCCAGCUGGGGCUGGAACCAGGUCUCCUGCCCUUGUUCCUGGCAGCAGGGACGACGGGACUUACGAUUCCAACCCGUCAGCAUAGGUCGCUGGGGCCUCGGCAGCGGGCAGCUGUGCAGCUUCACCUCCUGGCGAGGAGGCGUGUGCUGCAGCUACGGGCCCUGGGGAGAGUUUCGUGAAGGCUGGCACGUGCCGCGUCCUUGGCAGUUCGCCCAGGAACUGGAGCCGCAGAGCUGGUGCUGCCGCUGGAGUGACAAGCCCUACCUCUGUGCCCUGUACCAGCAGAGGCGGCCCCGCGUGGGCUGUGCUACAUACAGGCCCCCACGGCCCGCCUGGAUGUUCGGGGACCCCCACAUCACCACCUUGGAUGGUGUCAAUUACACCUUCAAUGGGCUGGGGGACUUCCUGCUGGUCGGGGCCCAGGACGGGAACUCCUCCUUCCUGCUGCAGGGCCGCACCGCCCAGACUGGCUCAGCCCAGGCCACCAACUUCAUCGCCUUUGCGGCUCAGUACCGCUCCAGCAGCCUGGGCCCCGUCACGGUCCAAUGGCCCCUUGAGCCUCACGACGCAAUCCGUGUCCUGCUGGAUAACCAGACUGUGACAUUUCAGCCUGACCAUGAAGGCGGCGGAGGCCAGGAGACGUUCAACGCCACCGGAGUCCUUCUGGGCCGCAACGGCUCCGUGGUCUCGGCCAGCUUCGACGGCUGGGCCACCGUCUCGGUGAUCGUCUCCAACAUCCUCCACGCCUCCGCCAGCCUCCCGCCCGAGUACCAGAACCGCACGGAGGGUCUCCUGGGGGUCUGGAAUAACAAUCCGGAGGACGACUUCAGGAUGCCCAAUGGCUCCACCACCCCAGGGAGCCCUGAGGAGAUGCUUUUCCACUAUGGAAUGACCUGGCAGAUCGACGGGACAGGCCUCCUUGGCAAGAGGAAUGACCAGCUGCCUUCCAACUUCACCCCUGUUUUCUACUCACAACUGCAAAAAAACAGCUCCUGGGCUGAAGAUUUGAUCUCCAGCUGUGACGGAGACAGCUCAUGCAUCUAUGACACCCUGGCCCUGCGCAACCCAAGCAUCGGACGUCACACGAGGGAAGUCAGUAAAAAAUACGAGCAGGUGAACGCCACCCUCAAUCAGUACCCGCCCUCCAUCAAUGGUGGUCGUGUGGUUGAAGCCUACAAGGGGCAGACCACGCUGAUUCAGUACACCAGCAAUGCUGAGGAUGCCACCUUCACGCUCAGAGACAGCUGCACCGACUUUAAACUCUUUGAGAAUGGGACGUUGCUGUGGACACCCAAGUCGCUGGAGCCAUUCACUCUGGAGAUUCUAGCAAGAAGUGCCAAGAUUGGCUUGGCCUCUGCACUCCAGCCCAGGACCGUGGUCUGCCAUUGCAAUGCAGAGAGCCAGUGUUUGUACAACCAGACCAGCAGGGUAGGCAACUCCUCCCUGGAGGUGGCUGGCUGCAAGUGUGACGGGGGCACCUUCGGCCGCUACUGUGAGCGCACCGAGGAUGCCUGUGAGGAGCCGUGCUUCCCGAGUGUCCACUGCGUUCCUGGGAAGGGCUGCGAGGCCUGCCCUCCAAACCUGACUGGGGAUGGGCUGCACUGUGCGGCUGUGGGGAGCUCUUUCCUGUGUCGGAACCAGUCCUGCCCUGUGAAUUGCUGCUACAAUCAAGGCCACUGCUACAUCUCCCAGACUCUGGGCUGUAAGCCCACGUGCACCUGUCCCCCGGCCUUCACCGACAGCCGCUGCUUCCUGGCUGGGAACAACUUCAGUCCAACUGUCCACCUAGAACUUCCCUUAAGAGUCAUCCAGCUCCUGCUCAGUGAAGAGGAAAAUGCCUCCAUGGCAGAGGUCAACGCCUCGGUGGCAUACAGACUGGGGACCCUGGACAUGCGGGCCUUUCUCCGCAACAGCGAAGUGAAACGAAUUAAUUCCCCAGCACCGGCCUCGGGAAGCCCCAUUCAACAGUGGAUGGUCAUCUCGGAGUUCCAGUACCGUCCUCGGGGCCCCGUCAUCGACUUCCUGAACAACCAGCUGCUGGCCGCGGUGGUGGAGGCGUUCUUAUACCACGUUCCAUGGAGGAGUGAGGAGCCCAGGAACGACGUGGUCUUCCAGCCCAUCUCCAGGGAAGACGUGCGCGAUGUGACAGCCCUGAACGUGAGCACGCUGAAGGCUUACUUCAAAUGCGUUGGCCGGGGCCGGGCCCGGGGCCGGGGCCGGGCCCGGGGGUGUGACUGCGCACCUGUGGCCGGCAUCCUUGCUGCCCAGGUGCAGCUGACUGCACGUGCAGCUGAACUCACACAAGGUUUUUGCUGUGUGUCCUUCUCCAUCUACACGGCCUGGGGCGAGCACUGUGAGCACCUGAGCAUGAAACUCGACGCGUUCUUCGGCAUCUUCUUUGGGGCCCUGGGCGGCCUCUUGCUGCUGGGGGUCGGGACGUUCGUGGUCCUGCGUUUCUGGGGUUGCUCCAGGGCCAGGUUCUCCUAUUUCCUGAACUCAGCUGAGGCCUUGCCUUGA